AUGAAGCCCUCGAUUUUAACCCAUCUGCUACCAAACGCAUUUCUAUCAAUCACCACCACCUCCAGAACCAGUAGCAGCGAUGAAAGCAGUGACGACGCCGACGAGGUCCUGGCAGCAGCCGCCGCACCCCACGGUGUCAUCCACCAUGGAAUCCCUCAAACACCCACAGUACCCUCACCCUCCGCCCCAUACCAAUCACUAACCAUCGUCACCGGCCACACCGAGUCUGUUUCUUGUCUUGCGUUAUGUGGAGAAUUCAUCAUCAGUGCCUCUCAAGGCAAAGAAAUCAUGGUUUGGCAACAACCGGAUCUCCGACUGCUUACCACCUUCGGCCAUGGCCGUGGCUCCGUCAAAGAUCUCGUCACUGUCGGAAGCAAAAUCUUUACAGCCCAUCAAGAUUCGAAGAUUAGGGUUUGGAAGGUGUCAAGAAAUCUUGAAAACAUCUUCAAAUUCGUUGACACUCUCCCAACGAACAAGGAUUAUCUUGGAAAGUUCAUGAAGCGCAGUCAUUACAUCCAAACAAGACGCCACCAUAAGCGUCUAUGGAUCGAACACUCAGACACCAUUUCGUGUUUAGCUGUUCAGGAUAACUUGAUCUAUUCUGGUUCUUGGGAUCGAACCUUAAAGGUCUGGAGAGUAUCUGAUUUCAAAUGUUUAGAAUCAAUCAAAGCCCACAACGACGCCAUUAACGCUCUCACCACCAGCAAAGGAAUGGUUUUCUCCGCUUCUGCAGAUGGGAAGAUCAAGGCAUGGGGGAGACUUGAACCAGAAGGUCCACAUUUCUUGAUGGCAAUUCUUGAAGGUCACAAGGACAUAUCCAUGAACUCCGUCAUAGUUUCCGGUGAUGGGACGGUGGUCUACGGUGGUGGGUCAGAUGGGUAUGUGAUAGGGUGGUCGGUGGACAGUUGGGAGGUUGUUUUUGAAGUUGAAGCACAUAAAAUGUCUGUUUUGUGUAUGUGUAUGAAGGGUGACAUUCUGUGUACUGGUUCAACAGAUCGGAGUAUCCGUGUAUGGAAGACGGAAGUCAAAGGGUUGACUAAAAUUGGUGUGAUGAAGGGUCAUGAUGGACCAAUCAAAUGUUUACAAGUGUCACCAAGUCGUAUUGGUGGUGGGUUCUUGGUGUAUAGCGGUAGUCUUGAUAAGAGUAUUAGGGUUUGGUGGGUCCCAAAUAGGAACAAAGUAGAGGUCAUCACCUCUACUCCACCAAUUAAAAUCAUAGAAACAAUUAAUCCUGCACUUACAUUCUUGUAA